CAAUUCUUUACGUAAUCUUGCCUUCAUCACUCACCCAAAGGGAGUUUUUGUUUGCAUUGGACCAGCCAUCAUAACCAGUCCGUCGACUACCGUAUUUGAAACCUGUAUUUCAGCCAAGUCAGUGGUCAAGCCUAUUUAAUGUACACUGACCACCAACCACAGCCUCAGCCGUCAGAACCAAGUCACUAAGUCAUGUUAUUAAAAAACCUCCCUCGGAACAUGACCUUGAGAGAGGUCCGAGCCUUCCUUGUGGUAUUUGUGCUACUAUACGCUGUUGAUCUAAUCUGUGCACAAACUAAGGAGUCGGAUUGUUGGGUGAAUCAAGACAGUGAUAGCAAUCUUCACCCAUGUGCCUUUCCAUUCUAUUUUAAAGGUCGUCGGUAUAGUUCUUGUACAAACGAAGACGAUCCAGAUGGAAAAUCGUGGUGCUCCACGAAAACUGCACCCAAUGGUGCUCACAUUGGAGGCAGGGGUUUUUGGGGGUUCUGCGAUCCAGUGUGUGAAACGUUUUAUCAAGCCAAGGCUAUGCUCGAAGAGCUCGUGCGAAGUGAGAGAGCGGCCUCUGCCUUGUCCCUUCCGUGUCCUUGUACGGAGGUGCUCGAAUGUCAGCCAUUGGCAGAUUUCCGCCACGUGGCAACCGUGGGCCACCCUCUAGCCAGAGAGUUGUUCCUGACACACAUCCGGAAACGCAUCUGUGACUUAAAGGAUCAAACUAUCCACUGCUGUCCAUCAGGAUCUUCAAGCAUUGAUCAAACGACUGAAGAAGAUAUCGAUUUUGAUGCCUCUGUCACGGAAAGCCCGGAAAUGGAUUCCGCUGAUUUUAGAUUGGGGACAUGGGAACCUAACAACGAGUUUGGAGAAUGCGGAUUUGAACAUGCCACCGCGGCAUUCAUCGUUAAUGGUAAAGAUGCCGAAUCCAAUGAGUUUCCAUUUAUAGCAGCCCUGGGUGGGUUCAACGCCGUUGGAAAGAAAUCUUUCUUUUGUGGAGCUACUUUGAUCAACGGAUGGUACGUGCUGACGGCCGCCCAUUGUUUCUCAUCCCGAUUCAAAGUAAAUUUUACGGAGGUCCUUCUAGGCGAGGUCGAUUUCUCUCGGGAAGAUGAAACCAGCCAUGCGGUCCAAAAGUUCAGUCCUGCCCAAGUUAUUGUCCAUCCCAAAUGGAACAUUGAGGAACUACUAAAGGGCUUUGAUAUUGCUUUGGUCCGUCUGAAUAAAAAGGCUAUCUUGUCCAUCGAUGAUCAAUCCAUGUCGAGUUUGGUUCCAGUCUGCUUGCCAUGGGGUUCGAGGGAACCAAGUCCUCCUCCCGUCAAAGUGGGUACCAACUUGACAGUUAUUGGUUGGGGAAUCACUGAGAAGUCACCAUUGGAACAGCGUACAAAUAUUGAACAAUUCGGCGUAGCCGAGCCUCUCUUGCAAAAAGUGGAAGUUGGUGUGAUAAGUGAGAGCUCUUGUGAAGCCGAAUAUGGCCGGAUCAAUGUGGACGAUACAAUUUGCGCCUUAACGCCAGGCCAAGAUUCGUGCGAAGGAGACUCUGGGGGCCCUUUGUUGGAACGAGGUUCCACUGCCGACUCAUGGCAUCAAGUUGGCAUCGUGUCGUUCGGUCCGAGGAAGUGCGGAAAAUCCCCAUUGCCCGGGGUCUACUCUAAAGUCUCCCAAUUCAUCCCAUGGAUACGAUCGCAAUUGCAACCCUAAAAGAUUUAUUGUCAAGUCGAAUGUAUUUUGAUUCAGAACACAUUCAAGUUGGUUGUAAUUUCGUCCCAAAGAUGGUUGUCGCAUUUUCAUAUGAUGAGAGGAUCAAAAGAAAAAUAAAAAGAGAUUAGAUAA